AUGAUCGCUUCUGUGCCGAACAUCAAGACCGAGACGCUGAUCGGAGAGCUGUGGAGAAAAGUGGAUUUGGCAAGAGAGGAAAUACAUGGUAGCAUAAGGGAGAAACGGCAGUUAUCCUCAUGCUGCAUUGGACCACCAGGAUUGAAAGGAUAUCCAGGUCGUCCCUCCACGGAUGGAAUUGAUGGCACUCCUGAAGAAUUGGUCCACCUGGCGAAAAAGGCGAACGCGGUUUCCGAGGAAGGCCUGGUCCCUUGCUUGGUGUCAGCCCCCCCACCAUCCCGAGUGCGCGAGGGGAGUGCUCAAUGCGUUGGUGCUCCAGGAGAGCCUGGAGAAAAGGGUUUCCGAGGACUAACGGGACCACCUGGUGAGCCAGGUGAGCCUGGGAAACUAUACACGGCUGCUGGACCGCCCGGAAGCAAGGGGCUGCAAACCGGACCACGCUGGGCCACCGCUGCGAAAAAAGGGUGGCAACGUGGACGCGAUGACUGGAAGGUCCGCGAGGAGAACGUGGAUUCCCUGGUCUCAAAGGCGAAAAAGGACCACGAGGUCCCACUGGACUUCCAGGACCACCGGGUCCUCAAGGGAAUAGUUGGCCCUGCCAGAGCUGUCCGCCGCGCACGUGUCGUUCGCCCGCGGGUACUACAAAAAAUUCUGUCAAAAACAGAUCGUUUACUGAUCCGUGAACGACAGAAAUGA